UUCGGCACGCUCAGAUCUUGUCGUCGUUGAUAUUUGCCGUCUCCUCGCUUCGCGUGACACAAGUCAUUCCACUGUGCCGGCCCUUGUAAAAACUGCGAAGGAUCAUGGCACAGGAAGCGGUGUUCCAGGACAUGACAACUAAGGGACGUAGCCUGGAGUACGUGUUCGUCAUCAGCCGUCAUGGCCAACGGUCACCUGUAACAAAGUGUAGCCUUCUGCCGAAGCCUUCAACCGAGGAUUACGGCCAGCUGACAGUCUACGGCCGGGAACAAACGCGAGCCUUGGGUCGGCUACUCAAGGACCGUUACGGGUCCAUGUUGAGUGACCAGCCAGGCGAGGUCCUCGCCUCGCAUAACAAGCACCAACGCACUAAAGAUAGCGUUAUCUCGAUUAUGGAGGGGCUUGGAGUGCCCUUGGCGACCCCAGUGCAGGACAAGUCCCACUACGACCUGCUGAUAGACGCGGUCAUAGCGGAGAACUACCAGAACGUAAUGAACACGCCGUCCAGGGGUCACUUCAAGACCGUUCGGGAGAUCGUGGACUAUGUGUGCACCCACGUCGGCUCUCCCACCAACAGUCAGCAGGUGACGCUGCUGGCCCUGGACAGCCUGUUGACGUGCGUCAACAAUGGCUACCCGAUUCCGGACUGGGCCCGGCCUUACUGGGACGAACUGCGCUGGGCUGAUCGCAUGAUCUUCACCGUAUCAUUGGCUGGGGCCGAGAAGCCACUGGCCGCCUACAUACUCAAGCAUAUCUUGGAAACUCUAUCAGAUAAAUACGAGAGAGGGAUCGAUAGAAGAGACAAGAUGCACCUGUUUUCGACGUCGGACGUCAAUGUGUACGCCAUCAUGAAGCUGUUGAACCCCAUGUAUUCAUCCAGGCCGGGUUUCUGCGCCACCCUGCUCAUAGAGAUUUUCCACGAAGGGGACUACAUCAAAGCAGAACUGCUCUUCGCGGACGAUCUGGAUCCUCAACCGCUCCGCCCGCAGAAGCUGUCAAACCCUUGCCUCCUGGCGGAGCUUCUCAAUGAAAUUCGCCGACAGCUCCAUACCGAGUAGUUACCAUCACGUAAAAAUAAACGAAAGCGGGUUCCGAUGCGCUCACUAUA